GCCACACCUCACCAACAAAUCCACGACAUCUUGAUCAUUGCUUGCUGCUUCCAGUUGAACGGGUGAUUAUUCCAGCACGAAAUCACCAACUACUCGCAUCGAUCGGUAUCCGCUACUUCGCUCAGGGGGGCAGUUGGCAGAGAGAGACGGCAACAUAAAGGGGUGGGCUUUUAAGGACAUAGCAGCCAGUCCGGGAGAUCGGAAAUAGUGAGGAACCGCAUGAGAAGGCCUUUAUCACGAUGGCGUUCAUAGAACAGCAGAGGUGGAUUACGGUCCAGCAGAAGACAUUCACGAAAUGGAUGAACACCAAGCUGGAACCAAGAGGCUUGGCAGUUGUAGACUUGGUGAAGGACCUUGGUGAUGGGGUCCUCCUUAUCCAUCUCCUCGAAUGCCUCUCCUCCGAAUCCCUCGGUCGUUAUGCCGCCAAACCAAAACUGCGGGUACAACGAUUCGAGAAUGCGAAUCUGUCUCUCGAUUUCAUCAAAUCACGUGGAAUACAAAUGACCAACAUUGGUGCGGAGGAUGUAGUUGAUGGCAAUCGGAAGAUUAUCCUGGGUCUAAUAUGGACAUUGAUUCUACGAUUCACGAUCUCAGAUAUCAAUCAAGAGGGCAUGACUGCCAAGGAAGGUCUACUGCUUUGGUGUCAAAGAAAAACGGCGUGUUACGACGAGGUCGAGGUCAGAAACUUCACGGACAGUUGGAACGACGGACUUGCAUUCUGUGCGCUACUCGAUAUUCACCGGCCUGACCUGAUCGAUUACGACACAUUAGACAAGAAUGAUCAUAAGGGAAACAUGCAGCUGGCUUUCGAGAUUGCCGACAAGGAGAUCGGAAUUCCUCCCCUUCUAGACGUGGAAGAUGUCUGUGAUGUUGCGAAGCCAGAUGAGAGGAGUUUGAUGACGUACAUUGCAUACUGGUUUCACGCCUUCUCGCAGAUGGAGAAAGUGGAGAAUGCCGGAAGGAGGGUAGAGAAAUUUGUGAACAAUAUGCAGGGCGCUUGGGAGAUGCAAAGUGCAUAUGAGAGGAGGAUGAGGGCGUUGUUGAAAAAUAUUGAGGAGCAGAAUUUGAAGUGGCAGGAGUCAAAAUUCGAAGGCACGUAUGUGGAUGCGAAGAGACAGUCAGUCGAGUUCAGUGCAUAUAAGCGGGGGAAGAAAAGGGAGUGGGUUGCGGAGAAAUCUGAUCUUACUGCGCUGCUUGGAAACAUCCGCACAAAGUUAAGCACUUACCGAUUGAGAGCUUACGACCCACCGCCAGAGUUGAGACUUAGUGUCUUGGAGCAAGAGUGGGCGAAUUUGAUGAAGGCCGAAAUGUCAAGAGGGCAACUCAUCAACGAGACGAUCAGAAACAUCAAAAUUGCCCUUCAAAAAACGUUCGCUGAUAAAGCGAAUGACUUCGCACUCGCACUUAAUACAAUGCAAUUGGCCAUAUCGGGGCUGGAAGGCGAUGUCGAGGAUCAACUGACACAUGUGCGGCGACUGAACGAUAGCCUGGCCCCCAUGAAUCAAUACCUGGAAAAGAUCGCAGAGAUGGACCGGAAAUGUGAAGAAGCGAACAUCGAAGAGAAUGAUUUCACUACCUACACCUACGACGAGCUAUCCUACGAGCUUGGCCUGGUCAAGAAUUCCGUUUCCAAGAAGCUAGCAUUCCUCGAUAACCAAGUCGUGGCCCGAAAUAUGACAAAUCUAACCCCUAUCCAACUUGAAGAAUUCGAGUCUGUUUUCCGACAUUUCGACCGCGACGCCACAAACAGCCUCCAAGAACUAGAAUUCAGCGCCGCAAUCGCCUCUCUCGGCCUGGUCUUCUCCGAAGAUGAAAUGCAUGAAUCCUUCCUAGAAACCUCGAACGGUAAAGACUACGUCACCUUUGAACAAUUCAUCCGCUUCAUGGUCGACGUCACAGAGGACCAAAACACCGCUGAGCAAGUCUUCCAGAGUUUCCGCGAGGUUGCGGACGGGAAACCGUACGUAACGGAGAUGGACCUAAGACAUAGUCUAGUGCCGGAUGAUGUUAUCGAGCGACUCCUGAAGGUUGUGCCGGAGCACAAAGGUCCGGACCUCCAGGAGGAUCGAGGCAUGAAGCAGUACGAUUAUAUAAGUUUCAUGGACAGCAUGAUCGGCGGUCCUGAAGAAGAAGCAGAGAGACAAGAGUCCCCCCUACAGGAUCUCCCUAACGGCAGGAUUCCCCAGAGGUCGAAUGCUAUUACAGCAAAAGUGAACGGCCACCGUUAAAGGACCGCACAGUAGGCAGCGGGACGGAAGGUUACGGUACAGCUCAAUUUUCAACAGGUGAGGCAGCGUCAGGGUAUGCGUUCAUGUUGUUGGUGUUUGGUGCGGAUUCAGCGAUAUACCAUGGUGCGGUGACGGGUUUGGGGCUUUUUCUUUGUUUGAUGAGCGAUUGACUGUUGUAUGUAUAUUGUGAAUCGAGAGAGAGAAAAGGAGAGAGGGCAUGAAAAGAGAUGGAUGGGUGAUAAGCAUUGGGAGGAGCACUUGCAUUGAUAGGCGUUAAUAACAAAAUAGAAUAUAAAAUCAGAAAGCUGUCAG